CUUGAUAGGAAUGCCUCAGAACUGUGAGAGUGGCCCAUGCAGCUGGGAGUGGAUACAGUGGGUUAACCUUAAUGCUGAAUGAGAGAGUGUGAGAGUGUGGGCCACAACGUCUUCACACACACAACACUUUCCGAGAGCCAAGUAGUGAGAGAGAGACAGAGAAAGAGAUGCUGCAGUAACACUACUGGUGGAAGGUGCCUGACCUCACACUUGGUGUUAAGUUAUAGACCAACACUCUGAAGCAAGUGUGAGUGUGCGAUUUGUCAGGAUUGACUCUGCAAGAUGACGAUGCUUGUGUAAAAACAAACGCUAAAGUGGACGUUUCCCACACAGACUUGUGUCAGCGCUGGUCAGCUGCCUCACUAAGGGACUUGGGUGUGUGUGGUGGAGUUUGUGUGUGAGUGAUUUCAAGCCUUCAUUUCUAAUUCAGCAUGGAUCAACCAGCUAGCAGCUGCAUGCGAAGCUCUCAUCCUGGCAGUGCACUUUGGGGUUGUGCCAGAGCCCCUCACCCUGCCAGUGUCUCCGGAGGCAGUCUACAGCCCUACCAGCAGGCCUCUUUCUCCCUGCAUCAGAAACCUGACUUCCUGGCCUACACAGACUUCUCCAGCUCGUGCCUGGUGCCAGCGCCACAUUCAUACCCACGAGAUGAGAGACUGUACCAGGAGGCGCAAGGAGUGUACCAGCGGGCAGAGUGGCAGUUCAGCCCAUGUGAGCCACGUGGCAGGGGCCAGGAGCCAUGUCACACGGCUGCUGUGACAGUCGGAGUGGCUGGAGGAACAGACAUGAGCAGUGCAGGAGCAGACAGGCUUCCCGAGACAGUGACACCAGGGCUGGAGGCAGAUUACUCGCCUCAGAACAUAGCCACAACCGAUACAGAGAAGAAGAGCUGCAAGAGGAAACGAGAACUCACAGAUAUCCAGGAGUCUGGAUUUAAGCCUGACUCAAAUUGUAAGGCAAGGAAGGAAAGGACAGCCUUUACUAAAGAGCAGCUAAGAGAGCUGGAGGCCGAAUUCACUCAUCACAACUACCUGACCCGCCUGCGUCGCUAUGAAAUUGCUGUUAACUUGGAUCUCACUGAGAGACAGGUAAAGGUGUGGUUUCAGAACAGACGUAUGAAAUGGAAGAGGGUGAAAGGUGGUCAGCCGGCUUCCCCUCACGACCUGGAAGCAGAUGAGUUGGAUUCUGCAGCCUCGCCUAGCUCUGAGUGAUGACCCUGACUUCCACUUUUACUAAGAGACACGUUAAGGGAUCCCUGGCUGCUACAGAGGAGCCAUAAACAUGAAAUGAACAUGAUGUCAGGUUUUCCACCAGUCUCAUCACACAUUCAGAUAAACUGGAGGGAAUUAUUUUUUUUUGGAUGGACAGCAUUCUCAAGGGCCAUUGGUGUGGACAUGCUACUAAAGUGAAACUCGUAUAUUCACAUUAUCCACUCACAAACUGAGAAAGUCAGACCAGAGAUUAUAUUUGUCAAACAUAAAUUUAACCCAUAUUCAUUGUUUAAGUUCUGGUUUGCCUGCAAUGAUGACACUACGAUGAAAUCACACUGCAGUGGCAAAAGCUUGAAAGCUGCCUGUUACAGAAUCACUUACAUUUUAUGGAUUGCUCGUCUGAUGCCAAAGCACCAAAUCUCAAUGUUAACUUUCUUUGUUUUUAUUGUAAUUCAUGCUGUCAUGUUUUAUUUUUAUUGAAAAGUUGUUUUCAAUCGUUGUUGUACCUCUUUUGUUUCAUUGAAUGUAAUGAAAUUGCUAAAACACAGAUGGUGAAUACUGUAUUGAAAAAUGCAAAAAGUUAAUAAAUUACUUAAGAAUGGAAA